AUGAACGCAAUAAAAGUGGAACUCACAGCCCGGCUGAGGGACGUGGGGAGGGAGGUGGUCCCACAUGUUAUGCGGGUCAGGCGCCGGAAAUCAGACCAUCUGAAGAGUGACCCCAAAUCCACAAGGUCCCUGCUUCGCUUUUUCGGCCUCCUGGGAGGCUACCUCAUAGCGACCACUGGACACCGUAAGGGUGUCCUGGUGAAUAUGCUGGUCACAGAGGUCCAGGAGGCCAAAAAAGUGUCCCGAGGGCGCAGGUUGAUAAGGGUGAAGCAACAUAAAACGCAGCGCUACUUUGGUGAAGCGUCGAUACCCUUGAGUGUUGACGAGUACAAGUGGCUGGAAACGUAUAAUGGCAUCAGGGGAGAAGUAGAAGGGGGCUCAGCCCGCACCUUUUUCCACAUCUCCAGUGGACAGCCAUUGUUAAAGCUGCCCACGUAUUUCCAAAAUCAGUGGGAAAGGAACAUCCCGGAUGUAAUCAGGGGGCGGCCUGAUGUCACCCCGCCCCCUGAUGUCACCCCCCCCCCUGAUGUCACCCCGCCCUCUGAUGUCACCCCGCCCCCUGAUGUCACCCCGCCCCCUGAUGUCACCCCGCCCCCUGAUGUCACCCCGCCCCCUGAUGUCACCCCGCCCCCUGAUGUCACCCCGCCCCCUGAUGUCACCCCGCCCCCUGAUGUCACCCCGCCCUCUGAUGUCACCCCGCCCCCUGAUGUCCCCCGCCCUCUGAUGUCACCCCGCCCCUGA